AUGGAACCACCGCGAAAUGAGACGCCGGACGAGCCGCCGAACCUCUGCUGCCCCAUCACGCAAGUCAUCUUCCGCGAUCCGGUCUUCGUGCCAGAGGCGGGCACCACGUACGAGCGAGGCGCCAUCCUCACAUUCUGGCGGCAGGCCGGUGAGCGGCGCGAUCCACUCACGAACACUCCUAUCCGGUCAGACGUGCUCUACACGAACUGGGACAAGCGCAGGGAGGUUGCCAGCUGGCUCGGCGAGCACUUGGAUUACACGCCGCAAGGCUGGCGCUCGCGAGAUGACAUCCCUCAAGGGAGGCGGAUCAUCUUUGACCCACCCCAGUCUGAUCGCAACCCGCAGCAGCUGCUGGCGGCCGCGCGUCGUUUUCCCGGCCUGAGCUCGAAGACGUGUGCCAUACUCGCUUGCGUCAUCACGGCAAUCUCAUCGGGGCUGGGCGUCAACAUCAGCGCUGAGCUCGUCAGUAUUGCAGUUGGCAGCGCGCAGCCACCGAGCGACGAUUCGUGCAACGCAAGCCCAUAUGGCAAAAUCAGUGGGCGAGAGCCCACCGCUCACGGCAUCAUAGCCGCCAGGAUACUGUGGAUCGACGAUGCGGGCCGGCAGAAGCCGUUUUUCUUCGGCGCCAAACCUUCUACUUCGACGCCUGGCUUGUCGAGCCGCCUGCAGAUCUCCGUGCUGCAAACUCCCUCGGCUGAAGCUUCCGAUAGCGCCCGCGGCGGUUCGCUGAUCACGGAGGCGCAUACCAACGCUGGCGACGGCGCUGUGUGGAGCCGCAGCGCCGGCAGGUACGUCACCGUUUCCGCCCCCGGCGUGACCUUCAGCACCAUGGUCGAGCAGUACAAGACGCUGGCGGCGGCUCACGGGUUGCGACUGGACAUGCCCCACGGUAGCCUCUUCUCUGGGGACAACUUUGCGAGCCUCGUCGUCCUCGGGUUCACCACGCUGUGGACGGGCAGCGCGCUGCGUGCGGACGCCCCCCUCCUCUUCACCCUCUUCUCAUGCCCGUUUUGGCACGUGGGCGCGUCACUGCUCGCCAACACCCUGCGCGCUCUCCUCCAUCGCUCGACGCUCGCCCUUCACGAAGGCGGCAUCCAGGUCGAGAACGAGAGGUCCACCCUCGCGGAGUACUUCGACCUCUUUCGGACUUCGACGUGCGCCUUUGUGCCGUGGAGCGACGUGUCGGCCGGCAGCCUUGAGGAGUCGCUGCACUUGACGGUGACGCACAUCAUCAACGGCGUCGAAUCUGGGCUGCUCGAGGUGCGGACGGUGCGGGGCACGCUCGCGCUGACAGGCGGCGCCGAUCUGACGAUGAACGAGCUGCGCAAAGUCCGCGAGCUCCUGCUGCUCUGGGCGAGAGAGAAAGGGCUCGGGGUCCAAUCGGUGGAGGCUCGCCAGGAGGCCUAGUCUUGGUCUUUGUUUCGAUACCGAAUCUUUUU